GAAAUGAAAAUAUCAAUCAGUCAAUCAAAGCUCAUUUAUCAUCCAAAGAAAGAACCACACUUUUUAUAAGUUAAAGUUGAUAAAAUCAUGUCGAACUUGCAACAAUCGUACAAUGCUGGGCAGACCAGGGGCCAAGCUAACGAGAAGGCCGAGCAAUGGACUGAAUCAGCCAAGGAAACUGCACACAACGCUUGCGACAAGACUGCUAACGCAGCUCAGUCCACCAAAGAAUCUGCCCAGCACGGGCAACAACAAGCCUCUGGUUUCAUCCAACAAACCGGAGAGUCGGUGAAGAAUAUGGCUCAGGGUGCGGUUGAUGGUGUCAAGAACACUCUUGGAAUGAAUGAGAAGAAGAAAUGAGAAACUAUUAUACUUCUCAUAUUAUAUUAUUCAAUUAUUUUGGAGAUCUCUCUAAAGUUUGAAAAUUUCUUGUUUUACUAACUAAUUUUGUAAUAAAGUUUUGAUAUUUUUUUGUUCUUUUUAACAAGAUCUUGUCAUGAGACAUGGCAUAAGUAAUAAAAUGGUGGGAGUCACCCAUUCUAUACGUUA